AUAAUUGCAACAAUCUGAGCAUAAAUUGAGACAAAGCCCUCGACCUUGUUGGCCUGGCUCGCAAAACCCCCGCUAGCAGCAACGUAAUCCUCCUUGCUUGUCUCUUUUUCCAACCUACAAGCUUUGCAAAGCCAGAGCUCAGCGCGCAACCGACAGGGUUACUAGGAAGCGACUCGUGAUAAAUGGCCUCCAUUCGCUGCCUCGCCGCGACCAGCGGACGCUGCCCAGUGGUAGCUCCCUCCAGGGCCUCAAUCCGUGCAGUUCGCCCAAUUGUGUGCGCCGCCGCAACUGUGCCGGCAGCCGAGCGGCCACGGGUACAGGGGCAAGCGGGGGCCCCCGCUACCACCACCGCCGAGUACGCAGUCAUUCAGACGACAUCAGGACAGCAGCUUGUGGAGGAGGGCAAAUGGUUUGUCCUGAGCUCUGGGUCCAUCCAGGCCUCGGUAGACGACGGCCAGCUCCGCUUCCCGUGCCUGUCCGUCAAGCGCGCUGACGGCGAGUUCGUGCGCGGCAAGGAGGCGGCGCAGUAUGUGGUGGAGGCCAAGCUGCUGGACGAGCAGGCCUUUGAAGUGGCGUCGGGCAAGACCCGCUCUAUGGCGCUAGGCAAGGUGAUGGUCACCAAGAUCGGGCUGGCGGAGGAGUCGCGGCGGCUGCUGGAGGAGGCGCUGCGCGCGUAAGAGCUCUGGUAGGAGCUGACUUUGACCUGAUGCAAGCGAGAUCGUGGAGGCAUUGGGAGAUUCUUAGAAGAGGGUGACGGACAAGAGAGAGACGGACAAGGAAAGAGGUAUGGGAGCGCUAGUGCGGGAGGCAAGAGCUGCACCCGUGGGGGUGCCCGCGAUACGGAGCCGGGCGCGCAUUGCGCUUUUUAGAUUUCGUUUGACAGUGAUGUGCUACCGCUUUUUACGAAUGUGGCGAGACUGACAUGUGUAGACGGGAUUGCGUUUGUGCUUCUGCUGACUUUCGAAAUACCGUAGAGCGCCCAGUGUACCAUAAGACUUCGGACCUCCGGACGGUCGAUUUGAUAUGUGCUACCUAUGCUACCAGUAGUCAAUACGCACACCUCUAGUAGUACGGAGGUUACCAAUGAUGGCAGCCGGAUGGGUUGCCAUGCGGGGGAUGGUUGGGCGGGACCGGGUGUGUGCAGUAAAUGCCAUGCGGAGUGUGAUCCAACAUCGGACCUUCUGAUGCGGUCAGAAGAUGCUACCUUCAAGCUUGCAUGCAUGUACUGCGCAGUAUCGUAAUGUUGCAAUGCCCAUGAUGAUGAGGCGUGACGACGUUACAGAUAUGGUGUCGCAACGGGAACGUGGUGGUCUGCAGGUCUGGCUCUUGUGGGUUGCACCUGUAAGGUUACUCCGUU